UGCGGUGCCGCCGCGCCCGGUGCCGCCCCCGCCGCUGCCCGCGCGCCCACGCGCCCUGCCCGCGGCGCGGAGCCGGAGCCGGUGCGGCGCGGCGGGCGGCCGGCAGGGGGCGCUGGCGGCGGGCGGCCCGGGGCGGAGCCCACGCGCUGCCCGCUCCCCCGAGCCGCCGCCCUGCGCCGCCGCCGGAGCCGCGAGAGCCGCGAUGGACGACAUCUUCACGCAGUGCCGAGAGGGCAACGCGGUGGCCGUGCGGCUCUGGCUGGACAACACCGAGAACGACCUGAACCAGGGGGAUGACCACGGGUUCAGCCCCCUGCACUGGGCCUGCCGCGAGGGCCGCUCCAACGUGGUGGACAUGCUCAUCAUGCGCGGGGCGCGCAUCAACGUGAUGAACCGCGGCGACGACACGCCGCUGCACCUGGCCGCCAGCCACGGCCACCGCGACAUCGUGCAGAAGCUGAUCCAGUUCAAGGCGGACAUCAACGCCGUGAACGAGCACGGGAACACGCCGCUGCACUACGCCUGCUUCUGGGGACACGACCAGCUGGCAGAGGACCUGGUGGGCAACGGCGCCCUGGUCAGCAUUGCCAACAAAUACGGCGAGACGCCCAUCGACAAAGCCAAGACCCCGCUGAGGGAGGUGCUGAGAGAGCGCGCCGAGAAGCUGGGCCAGAGCCUCACCAGGAUCCCCUACAAGGACACGUUCUGGAAGGGCACGACCCGCACGCGGCCCCGGAACGGGACUCUCAACAAACUGGCUGGAAUAGACUUCAAGCAGCUGAGCCUGAGCCAGAGGCUGAACGAGAACCAGUCGGGCGAGCUGUGGAAAGGGCGCUGGCAGGGCAACGACAUCGUCGUCAAAGUACUGAAAAUCCGGGACUGGACGACCCGGAAGAGCCGCGACUUCAACGAGGAGUACCCGAAGCUGCGGAUCUUCUCUCACCCCAACGUGCUCCCGGUGCUGGGCGCCUGCCAGUCCCCCCCGGCCCCCCACCCCACCGUCAUCAGCCACUGGAUGCCCUACGGCUCCCUCUACAACGUGCUGCACGAGGGGACGAACUUCGUGGUGGACCAGAUGCAGGCGGUGAAGUUCGCGUUCGACAUCGCGCGGGGCAUGGCGUUCCUGCACACGCUGGAGCCGCUCAUCCCGCGCCACCACCUCAACAGCCGCAGCGUCAUGAUCGACGAGGACAUGACGGCCCGGAUCAGCAUGGCCGACGUGAAGUUCUCCUUCCAGUGCCCGGGCAGGAUGUACGCGCCCGCCUGGGUGGCGCCAGAAGCCCUGCAGAAGAAGCCGGAGGAGAUCAACCGGCGCUCGGCCGACAUGUGGAGCUUCGCGGUGCUGCUGUGGGAGCUGGUGACGCGCGAGGUGCCCUUUGCAGACUUGUCCAACAUGGAGAUCGGCAUGAAGGUGGCGCUGGAGGGGCUGCGUCCCACCAUCCCGCCCGGCAUCUCCCCACACAUCUGCAAGCUGAUGAAGAUCUGCAUGAACGAGGACCCGGCCAAGCGCCCCAAGUUUGACAUGAUCGUGCCCAUCCUGGAGAAGAUGCAGGAGAAGUAGGCGGGGAGGCGCCUCCCGCCACCCGACGCUGCCAUGCUUCCCUCCCCGCCCCCCCAAGUGCCUUCUCACCCCAGUGCCAAGGGGAGCCGGGAGUGCCCCUCACCCUGAGCCGGCCACGGACACGGUACAGACACCGCUGCCCUCCCGGAGCUGCCCCGCAGCCCUCGGACCGCAGCGCCCGGCUGGCAGCACCAGCCCCGGCUGGCAGCACCAGCCCCAGCUGGCAGCACCAGCCCCGGCUGGCAGCACCAGCCCCCACGCUGGCAGCACCAGUGCCCGGCUGGCAGCACCAGCGCCCGGCUGGCAGCACCAGCCCCCCCAGCUGGCAGCACCAGCGCCCGGCUGGCAGCACCAGUGAGUGCCCGGCUGGCAGCACCAGCCCCAGCUGGCAGCACCAGCGCCCGGCUGGCAGCACCAGUGCCCAGCUGGCAGCACCAGCCCCCACGCUGGCAGCACCAGUGCCCGGCUGGCAGCACCAGCCCCAGCUGGCAGCACCAGUGCCCGGCUGGCAGCACCAGCCCCCACGCUGGCAGCACCAGCCCCACGCUGGCAGCACCAGCCCCCCCGGCUGGCAGCACCAGCCCCCCCGGCAGCUGCGGGCACAGCCUGAGGAGCCCCAGCCCCUCGCGCGGCUGGAGGGGCUGCGCCCCGCCCCCUCCCCAGCGCAGCUCACUAGUUCUGGGCCCCGGUCCCCCCGGCCAGCGCGCCUGCUGCGCCCAGCACCGCCCCAGCUUCGCGCUUCACUGUCACUGUUUCCAUCCGGGCCACGUGGAACAGCCGCGGCACCACCAAUAAACGUUUGUUAUGAGAA